AUGGUAUUAAAAAAAAACAAAAGUUAUACAAAUAAACCUCCAAAAAGAAAUAAAUUAAAAAAUAUCAUUGAUGAUGAUUAUAGUUCAGAAGUUAGCUUAACAGAUAUUGGAGAACCUGAUUAUAAUGAUGUUUUUGAAGUUGAGAAAAUUGUAAUGGCAAGAUAUAAAUUUAAUAGAAAGAAAAAGAAGAAUGGUAAAGAGGACAGUUUAGAUAAUUUCGAAUUUUUUAUAAAAUGGAAAAAUUAUGAUAGCGAUGAAAAUACUUGGGAACCUUUUGAGAACUUAAGUUCAACAUUAAAAAGUCAAGCAAGAGAAGCAGUUUUAAAAUUGAAAGAAGAAAUGGAUAAUAUUGAAAAAAAAAGAAAAGUAAUUAAUAUUACUGAUAAUCAACUAAAUGAAAGUAUGAUAGCUAAAGAGAUGAAAAAUAAUCUUUUAGCAAUUGAAGAUUCUAAAGAUAUAACUAACAGAGCAGAACUAGAGAGUAUUAAUAAAAAUGCUUGUAUGGCAACAAAUUUGAAUAAUUAUUUAAUAAAAAAUAAUACUCUGUUGAAUGAUAUAGACAUUAAUACUCCUGUCGGGGAUAAUUAUGAGAAUGGGGAUAAUUCUCUAAGCAAUAAAAAUCGAGAAAAUGUCCAAAACAUUUUACGUGUUUCUGAUAAAAAAAAUAAUGAAUAUACUGGAAAUGUGAGAAAUGAUAUAUUAGAGAACAUUGAUAACAGUUACUACGCAGACAAAAAUAAUGCAUAUAGCACAAUUGUGAAAAAUAAUAAGAAUGUAUUGGAUAAUUUUUCUAGUAAUAAUAAUGAAGAAAUAAGUAAUGAGAAUAAUACAAAUAUAAAAAAUAACGUUAAUAUAUUAGAUAAUUUUAGUAGAAUUCAUAAUAAGGAGACAAAUGAGUCUCAUCUUGCAAAUAUAAGUAAUGAAUCUAAUACUUUAAAUGAAAAUCGUGAUAUUAAUUAUAUUUUUUCAAAAAACACUUCUAAUGAUGAUAAAGCGUUAUGUGGUAAACAUAGAGAUAAAAGAAAAUUUGAAUUAUUUAAUGUUGGUAAUAAUAAUGCAUUAAAUGAUGAUGUGGGAUGUGGUUGUGAUAAAAGUUUAAAAAAAGUUAAUUUAAAUAAUAAUGGGCUAUCCAAAGAAGAUUUUUUAUCCAAAAAACAAUAUGAUUCAUCAAAUUUUUCAGAAUUGUUAUUUAUCAGCGAUGAAAUAUAUGAGCAGUAUGAAACAAAAAAUGAUUUAGAUUUAUCUAAAAAAGCAUUAGAAGAUGAAAAUAUUAACCAUCAAAUAUUAAAUAAUGAUAAGAACACUAUAUCCAAUGUUACGAAUGAACUAUUGUGUUUAAAAUAUUAUUAUCCUAACAUUACUGGAGAAGGAAAAGAUGUACUCAAAGAAUUAAGAGAUGAAAAUAUGAAUGUAAAAAAAAGUAAUAAUAAAUAUAUAAUUACACAUGCCAAAAAUAAAAAUUUUGAAAGUGAAGAUAUGAAAACUGAUAGUAAUAAUCAUAAUAAUAAUAAUAUUAAUAAUAAUAAUAAUAAUAAUAAUAAUAGUAUUAAUAUUAAUAUUAAUAAUAAUAAUGAUAAUAAUGAUAAUGAUAAUGAUAAUAAUAAUAAUAAUAAUAAUAAUAAUAAUAAUAAUAAUAAUAAUAAUAAUAAUAACAAUAAUAAUAAUAAUAAUAAUAAUAAUAAUAAUAAUAAUAAUAAUAUUAAUAAUAAUAAUAAUAAUAAUAGUAAAAAUAAUAAUAAUAGUAGUGAUAAUAGUAAUAAUAAUAAUAGUAAUAAUAAUAAUAAUAAUAAUAAUAGUAAUAAUAGUAAUAAUAAUAAUAAUAGUAGUGAUAAUAGUAAUAAUAAUAAUAGUAAUAAUAAUGAUAAUAAUAAUAAUAUUAAUAAUAAUAAUAGUAAUAAUAAUAAUAGUAAUAAUAAUGAUAAUAGUAAUAAAGUUAAUGAAAAUGAAAACAACGAAAAAAAAGAAAAUGAUAUUAAAUUAAAAUUAGGAAAAAAAAAUAAGAUAGUAGAAGAAACAUGCAUGAUUAGUAAUGUUAAUUUUUUAAGUAAAAAUUUAAAAAAAAAAGUAUCAGAUAAGAAAAAGUUGCAAAAAAAAACAUGCACAGGAAAUAUUUUUAAGGAGAAAUUAAAUACAUUAAAAAAAAAUAUGAAAAGAAUCUCAAAUAAUGCAUACAUGUAUAAAUUAAAUAUACGUGGGUUAGAAAAUAAUUAUGAGAAAAGAUUUUUAGAUUUUGAUGAAAUAAAUGAUACAAAUGAAAUAAUAGAUAAAGGUAAAUUUCUUAGUAAGAACAUAAAUUUAUGUAAAAGUGACCAUGUUAAGUUGGGAGAAAAAAUUCAAGGAAAAGAUAAAUUAUAUUUAAAUGAAAAAGUGCAAAAUGCAGAUAAUUUGUAUGAAAAAAAUGAUUCUUGCUUAAGUAAAGGUGACCCUAAAGUUAAUUCAUUACGGAAAAUUAAUGUAAAUGAGGAAAAUUAUGAAAUAAUUAGUGAAAAUAAUCAUAACAUUCAAAAAGAGAGAGAAAUUGAAAAAACAUUUAAUAAUAAAAAAUUGAAUAUUUCUAAUGAGAAAAUAUGUGAAGAAAAAAAUAUUAUUGAUUAUAUUGAAGUUAAUAGAAAUUUAACUGAAAAUAAUAUAAACGGAAAUUUAAUUCAUAAAAUUAUAAAUAACAACAAAAAUAAUAUAUUAGAUGAAGAAUUAAAUUGUCAAAAUAUCGAUGAAAAUGGGGAAUGUAAAAGUAAAAAUUUUGAAGUUAAGCAAAAAAUAGUAGAGUCAUAUUCAGGUGAAAAAAAAAAAAAAAUUGAAAAGGAAGCAAAUAGUAUAUCAACUAAAAUGAAUGAACACGAAAUUAUUAAAAAACGUCAGUAUGAGUAUAAUUCCAAUAAAAAACAUAUACCUCCAUUUUCACAAGAACAAAAUAAAAAUAUAACAGAAAAAGUAUAUUAUUUUAAAGAAAUGAAUGAUAUUGAAAAAAAAAUGAUAUCUUCAAAUGAAAAAAAAGAUGCACCAAUAGUUAACAACAUAAAUUAUUGCAUAAAUGAUGAAAUUGAAUCAAUGCAUAGAUUAAAUAAAAAUAGCAAUGAAGAUAUAAUACAAUAUGUUUUGAAUGCUUCUAAUAAAAAUAGUAAAAAAAUUAAUUUAAAUAUUUCUGGGAAGGUUAAUAAAAAUGAUACAGAUAAUACAGACAAACCUAAAAGAAUAAAAUAUAAGGACUCUGAGUGUAUAACAAAAAAGCUUAAUGAAAAAAAAAUAAUACAAUCUAAUGUAAAUUUAGUAAACAAAAAUAAUGAAAUUAUACCUGUUCAUGAUAAAUCAAUUAAAAAUAAUAAAAAUGCCAUCCAUGCAUUAGAAAAAUCUGAUAAAAUAAAUUUUUUAAAGCAAAUAAAUCAAAGUAAAAAAAAUGAGAAAAUAAAAAAAGAUAAUGCAAAAAAAGUUAAUAACAACGAUAGUAAUAAUGAUAGCACAUGCAACAUUAGUUGUGAUAAUAGCAUAAAUGAUAGUAGCAAUCUGAAUAAUGAAAUGAUAAUAAAUAUAAAAGAUAUACUAAAUAUAGAGAAUGAUAAAUAUGAUUAUUAUAUUAAUUUUCUUGAAAAUAUUUUAAACACAUUAAAAGAAAAACGUCCCUGUAAAUCAGGUGACUUAAUCUUAAUAGAUGGAUUAAAAUCUGAUUUAAGUAGUAAGGGUAAUGUUAUUCAGAAUUCUAUAUUAACAGGAAAUAAAGUGCAAACUAUUUGUGAUACCAAACAUAUUUAUAAUAACUCGAAUGUGGAUUCUAGGGUUAGUGGAAAAAAUACUACCGAUAAAUUUGAUAAAAAAAAUAAAAGUUCUAAUGAGUAUGUUAAAAUUAUGAAAUCUUCGAAAAAAGUUAAGUUUGGGGAUUGUAAGCGUAAUAAUGGUAAUACAAAAAAAAUGGGAUUAAAAAAUGCAAUGCAUAUUUCUCAUGGUUUUAUGGAGAAUAAUGACUCACAAUGCAGUUUAAAUAAUGAAUUAAAUACUGGAGAUUCAAAUAUUUCAAGUAAUAAAAAGUUAAAUGAAACUAAUAAUGACAAAAAAAAGUCUAAAAAGUUGCCUUCUUUAUGUAAAAAUAAUGAAAAACAAAAAAAUCAGAAUGAUGUAUCACUAAAUUCUAAUAAUAAAAUAUUUGUAAAAAAUAAAAAUGAUUUAUUAAAAAAUGAAAUGAAAGAAUCAAAUGUUACGCAUGCUUCAAAUAAAAAUACUUUAAAUAAGGAUAGAAUUAAUGAUUAUCAAUUAGAUACAUUAAAUAUAAAUGAUAUUAAAAUGAAUUAUAUGGAUAGAUAUAAUCAGUACUAUACAGCUAUUGACAACCUUGUUUUAAAUAAUAUUAGUGCUCUUAUUAAAAAUAUGAAUAUCAUAAAUUUUUAUAAUGCACAAAAUAAGAAUUGUAUUAAUUUUAUAAAUGGAAGUUUUCAAGUACAUCUUUUAGAAUCAUAUACUAAUAUUUUACUAUAUUUUGAUAUAUUUAAUGAUUUUAGAAAUUAUAAUUUUAUUUGUAAAAAUUGUGAAUUUAUUAAUAUUUUAUUGGAUAAUUUUUGUAACUCUAAAACUGUAAAUAGAAAUUCGAGUGUAGAUAAUUCAUUAAAUGAUAUAUCAAAAAAUAUUAUGCUAUUCGAUGAAAUAUUUAAAUUAAAUAAAAAAAUGAACAUAUUUUUUAAAAAAAUUUUAUUAUCAAUAAAUAUAAAACCAAAUCAAUUUUUUUUUCCUUCAGUUGAGUAUUUUGAAAAAUUAUAUUUUUAUUUAAAUUAUAAAAGAGAUUCUCCUAAAAUUAAAAAUACAGAGGAAGAUACUACGAGCUUAAUUAAAAAAAGUAAUAAAGGUAUUAAUUCAAAAGUUAGUAAAUGUUUUAAAGAUAUAAAUAAUAGUGCACUAAAUGAGUUCGAUGGGAAUAUAAAAGAUUAUAACAAUAAUAAUGAGAAUUGUUACAACAGAAAUAAUGUUGACAAUAGUAAAAAUCAUAUUGUUAAUUAUGAAAAGGAUAAUUGUCAAACAAACAUUUCAAAUAUUCCAGAGGAAAAUAUGGAAAAUAACACUAUCAAUGAAAGUACUUUAAGAAAUGAUGAUUUACCUAAUUUAGAUAAACACUUACAAAAUAAAACAGUAAUUAUACCGAAGCAUAAUACAAAUGAAUAUUCAGAAAAAGCAUUUACGCAUAAAGACCAUAAGGAAAUACUAAAAAAAAAUGCUCCAUUAAAUGAAAUGAAUAAAAAUGAAGAAAUUUUAAAUGUUUAUCAUAAUAAAAUGAAGAAUUUUAAUGAAAAAAGUAUAUGUAAUAAUGAUACAAAUUUUAUAGAUAAACAUAAAAGCUGUAAUGUGGUAAAAAAUUUAAAGUGCAUAGUGAAAGAAAAAAAUGCAUGCAUUAUGAAAAGUAAACAAGAUGAUAAAGUUGAUAUUAUUAAUCAUAGUGAUAAUAAUUUAUUGAAUACAAAUAUUGUAAAAAACAAAGAAGAAAAUGCGUGUCAUACAAUAAAUAAUGAAUCUACUAUCUUAAAAAAGUUUGUAGAUGAAAACAUGCAUAUAAAUAAUAUUAAUGGAAAUGCAUCGAAUGUGAGAGUAUUCAAUACUAAUGAUAAUUCAAAUAUUGUAUUGAAUAAUAUGCUAUAUCAUGAAAAUAAAGAUAUGAUAGAAAAUAUAUGCAAUUCAAAUGAUGAUGGGAUUGAUAAAAGGUGCAUAAAUGUAAUUAGUUUAUAUAAUAAUUCAAAUAUUAUAAAAUAUGUAGAUAUUAAUAAUUUAAAUCGAAUUAACAAUUUGAGUAAAAUAAAUAUAGAAGAGAAAAUAAUUACCAAUGAUAGUUCAGAUAUCAAAGAUACUACGAAAACAAUAAAUUCAAAUAAUGAUAAUAUAAAAAAGCAAACAAAUGAUUUAAAUAGUACUAAUGGUAGCACAUGCAAUGCCAAUAUGAAGAGAAUAUGCCAAAUAAAAAAUAUUCAUGGAAAUAUUAGCAAUAACAAAAGCAAAAUAAUUAAUGAAUUUAAUGAAGGAAAAAAAAAUAAAAAUGAAUUCAUUGAAUUUCAAAAUAGUUCUUCAAAUGCAGGUCAUAAUGAAAAUGAAGAAAAAAAAUCUUUGAAGAAUAAUGCAUCGAUUGAUUUGAAAAAUAAUGAGAGAAAUGAUAACAUGGUAUGCAUUAAUGGUCUAGAAAAAAAGAAUUGCACUGAAAAUGUUGAAAUUAAUAAUUUCAAAUUCAAUAAAAGAAGUAAUAGUAAUAAUAGUACCAAUAGUAAUAAUACAAAUAAUAGUAUAAAUUGUAAUUCUGAUAUUACUGACUGUAAAGGUAAUUAUAAUGAUAAUAAUACUAAAAAUUUGACGCAAAUUCAUAAUGUAAAGCAAAAAGGGAUACCUUUAAAUAGUUGUAAUGAUUCAUUGAUUAAUGAAAAACAUUAUAUAUCAGAUGAAGAAAAAAAGAACAAUCCUAGUAAUUUUUAUAAUUCAAAAGAUAAAACAUAUGAGGAACCUAAUGAUUCAAAAAUAAACGAUAUGAGAACUAUUUAUACAUAUUAUGAUUCAGUAAAAAAUUUUGAAGAUGUAAAAUAUUGUGAAAAAAGAAUUGAAUUAUAUAAAAAUACAAAAUCUAUAAAAACAAAAUAUCAUGAAUUUUUUGUUAACAAUUGUUUAAAUCUCAGAAAAAAUUAUCCAGAUAUGCAAAUGAAUUAUUUUGGUGCUCAUAAUAAAUUAAAUUUAUUUAAUUCUUAUGAUUUAGCGGAUUUAGAUAAUUAUUUUAUUAAGAAGAAUGAUAAGAAAUAUAUAAGUUGUCAUAUCUGUUCAUAUAACGAAAAUGCUUGCUACCUCUCAUGGAUAGCAUAUUUUGAAAAAGAAGCAUUGUUUUAUAAAUCCCAAAAAAAAAAAAAAAAUAGGCAUGCAAAUAUUGAGGAGAAUGCAUGCUUAUUAAAUUCUCCUGAUAGAUCGAGGAAUAAUGCAUGCAAUGAUAUGUUAUCUGAUUUACGUAAAAGAGAAAAUAAUUGUAGGAAUUCAAACUCUUUUUUUAUUACUUCAAAUUCUCAACAAAAUAAUGAACAGAAUGAUAAAGGUGAUAGUUGCUAUAUAUUGGACGAUAAUAUUAGCUUUAAGCAAAAGGAUGAAAGCAAUGUAAGUGAUGUUAUUAAUAAUCAAAAUAAUGAAAUAAACAAAAAUUAUUUAAGUGGUGAUGAUAAUAACUCCAAAAAUAACAGCAUUUCUGAGGAAUUGAAUGUACCAAAAACUAAGGGAAAAAAUAAAGAUAUAAUUUUAAUACAAGAUAAAAAUAAUUGUUUAAGCAAAACAAAAAAUAUCACAAAUGAAAAUAAAAAAUUAUUGAACAAAAAUGUUCAAAACGUAGAAAAUGGAAAUUCAGAGGAAAAUAAUAUAGAAAAAAAUUUAUUCGAUAGCAAAAUUUCAAAUUUUGAAAAUAGAGAAGUUAACAUGAAUGAUCUUUUAAAAAGAAGUCUUAAAAAUAGGAGUAUUCAAGAAAGUAAGGAUUCAAGCGAUAAAAUUAAUAAUAUUUUGAAUGAUGAAAAGGAUAUAAGAAAAUCUAGAAAUACUGAAAGUUGUACUAUUUCUCAUAUAUGUAGAGAUGAGGAAAACGAAGAAGUUGCUGGUUUCAGUUCUAAAAGAAAUUAUAUAUGGAAUUCUUGUGAUUUAAUUACUAAAAAAGGUACAAAUAAUAAUAAUAUUAAUGAUACUGUUGAUCUUAAUAAAACUAAUAACAAUAUUUAUAAUAAUGUUUCGGGUGUAACUCUCAUAGAAUCCAGAUAUAAUAAUCAUGAUAUUAGCAGAAAUGCUAAUAAUUAUAAUCAGAACAAAUUAAGAAGCUUAAAUGAUCAUAAUUUUUUGUUUGAAUCAAAUGAAAGAUCAAAAAUAUCUAACAGAAGAUUUUCUGAUAUGAAAAGAUUUCUAUGUUCAAAGAAGACUUUAAUAAAUAGACUAAAUUCGAUAAAAGAAAAAGGCUACAUAUGUCUAUUUUGCAGAAGCUUACUAAGUGUUCCUGACAAUUUAAUUAAAAAAAUACUAAAUAUAAAUAUAUUUAAAAUACCUCAAGAAUUAAAUGAAGAAGUAGAUGAGCAUAUGUUUUUUAAGUUAGAUGAUACAGAUUUCAGAGAGUUAUCAACAAAUUCAAAAAGACUUGAACUAAGAGGUAUAAAGCUUGAUAUGCAAAGAUUUUGGAAUCCCUACAUUAGUUUUCCUAAGCAUUUUUCUAUUAUUAUUAAUAAUAAGCAUACUAUCAAAUUACCUUAUUUUGACAGAGCAAUCAAAAGAGUAGAUCGUGAAAUCGUCAUUCCUUCUAGGUAUUUAAAAUAUGGUUAUAAUGUUAUUAUGCUUUCUUUAAAAAAUAGAAAGGCAGAAAAAUUUCUUAUUCCAGAAAUGUUUUACUGCUUCACAUUAUGUAUUAUUAAUAAUAUUGAAACAAGUACUCUUCACGUAGCCUGUCAUAUUAUUAAGUAUUCUAUUGUUGAAGAAAAACUCUGUAAAUUGCAUUUAGCUAACUUAAUAAAAUCUAAAUUAUGUGAGGAUAAUGAUAUACAAAUUGUAAAUGGGCAAAAUAACACUAUCAACUUUUUUUGCCCUUACACAUAUUCAAAAAUAAAAUUACCUUGUAAAAGUGUUUUUUGCAAGCAUUUAGAUCCAUUCUGUUUUGCUUCUUGGAUUAUUAGUCAAAAUAAAUUAGCACCAAAUAAAAAAUGGAAAUGCCCAAUAUGUGAUGUUAGCUGUUUUCCUCAUGAAGUUAUGAUUGACUCAUUCUACAAAAAUAUUUGUGAUUCUUUGAAUGAGAAUAAUUUAAAUACGGAAGUUUUAUAUGAUUGGGAAAAUGAAGAUGUUUUAAUUAAACCAAUAAUAAAAAAUUUGGAUAAUACUAAAAAAAAUAAUAGUGAUGUGCUAGAAAUAGAUUAG